AUGAGGUUCAUCUCCUGCCAGUCGACUCUUGUGGCUGUAUUUGUACUGAGUCUCAUUGUGAUGCUCUCAGCUAAAGCGAAGACUACUCAGAAGCCAAAGUACCUGUACACAAAGAAGCCUAUCCCUCAGGUCACCGUGCACAAUCCUGUCACCACCAGCGCACCCAAGACUUUGAAGAUAGUGGCGACCCCAAAACCUGUGCAAGCUCAGCCGCGGCCCCAGCCCCAACCACAGCCCCAAUCGCAGCCCACCACAGUGAAGACCACAUACCAAAGCCAUCUGUUUCCACCGUACGCUGAAAACACUGAACCUCCUGGUGUUGGCCCUGAGAAUUAUACCCUGGAUUACAACGAGUGCUACUUCAACUUUUGCGAGUGCUGCCCACCUGAAAGGGGUCCCAUAGGCCUAAAGGGGGAAAGAGGCAUAGCUGGGGCCCAAGGUGACAUCGGCCCCGCGGGACCAGCUGGUUUACCUGGACCACCCGGCAUGAGUGGUCCCAUGGGCUUUAAAGGAGAAAAAGGAGACAAAGGUGACAAAGGAAACACUGGUAUUGCAGGGACACCAGGACUCGCGGGGAAACCAGGACAAAAAGGUGAUGCUGGCUACAAUGGUGGAAAAGGCGAAAUAGGGUUGGAUGGUGCCAAAGGUGAACGAGGGGAAAAAGGGGAAUCUGGCCAGAAUGGCACUGCUGGAGAGAAAGGAGAACCAGGACCACAGGGACCUGUUGGACCUCCAGGAACAGCUGUUGAGCUGGGUCCCAAGGGAGAGAAAGGAGAUAAAGGAGACUGUGGCAUAUUUGGGGAAAGAGGGCCUAAAGGUGAUCAAGGAGAACCUGGACCUUCAGGUAUUCAGGGUGCAAUGGGAAUACCAGGCCUGCAUGGCAAACACGGCACCCCAGGUCCUGUUGGCAUUCGAGGCGACCCGGGACAUCCUGGACAACAAGGAGAACCAGGAGUACCAGGCUCUCAAGGACCACAGGGCAUGAGGGGGAUAUCUGGGCCGAAAGGGGAUAGAGGUUACCCUGGGAUGAGAGGGGAGCGAGGCUUUCGUGGAUUAAAAGGAGCCAAGGGAUCUGGGUAUUCUCAGAAACGGUCUGCCUUCAGCGUGGGCAUCUCCCCGAAAAAAUCCUUUCCUCCCUCCGGCUUCCCGAUCCGCUUCGACAAAAUCUUCUACAACGAAGAGAACCAUUUCAACAUCACUUCCAACAGUUUUACGUGUGUCCACCCUGGAGUGUACAUCUUCUCCUUCCACUUCACCGUGCGCAAUCAGCCACUGAGAGCGACGCUGGUGGUGAACGGGUCGAGGAAAGUGAGGACACGGGACUCUCUGUAUGGUCAAGACAUCGACCAGGCGUCCAGUCUGGUGGUGCUACGGCUGGCAGCAGGCGAUCAGGUCUGGAUGGAGACGUUCAGGGACUGGAAUGGGGUGUACGCCAGCAGUGAGGAUGACAGCAUCUUCUCUGGGUUUUUACUUUACUCAGACAAACCCUGA